AUGAAAAUCGAUCCUGAAGCAGCCGAGUCGCGCCCCAAGAUCCCUGAGUUGCGGCAUCGAGACUCGCUCACAGUGGAGGUCAAGACACGAUGGAUAUCGGCGCAGACUCAGAACGACCUGGCGCGGAUGGGGAUGGCGGGGUUGGCCAGCGUCGUAGCGCAAACAUGCACGCAGCCUGUGGAGGUGGUGAAGACGAGGCUGCAGAUCUCAGGGGAGGUGGGAGCGGCAGCGCACAAGACGUACAACUCAUUCCUGGGAUCUGCCACGAUGGUGGCGAGAAACGAGGGUUUCUUUGGCCUCUACAAGGGGAUGUCGGCAGCCGCGCUCCGGGAGAUGUCGUACUCGUCGCUAAGGUUCGGCCUUUAUGAGCCGUUCAAGCGCGUACUGGGGGAGAGUGAUGCGAAGCACACUCCGAUAUGGAAGAAGUUUGCCUCGGGGGCAGCGGCAGGGAUCGUGGGAUCAGGGCUGGCCAACCCGACCGACGUUCUCAAAGUUCGCAUGAUGGCCAACGAGGGCGAGCCCAAGAGGCUCAUGACGAUAGCGAAGGAAGUGUAUGCUGACGGCGGUUUCACUGCCUUCUAUCGGAGCGUGCAUACAACGAUGAUUCGAGCUGCCAUUUUGAACGCGACCAAGCUCGCAGCUUACGAUGAUCUGAAACAGAACCUCCUCAAGCACCACAUCAUGCAAGAGGGCAUGGCUCUGCACUUUUGCUGCAGCAUGUUUGCGGGGGUGAUGGUUGCUGCGACUACUAGUCCAGUAGACCUUGUAAGGACAAGAUUGAUGAAUCAGCCAGCCGGCAAGAAGCUGUACACGGGCAUGAUAGACUGCGCCAUGAAAAUCGUGAAGCAGAAUGGGAUCAUGGCGCUGUACAAGGGAUUCAACGCUCAAUGGAUGCGGUUCGGUCCCUUCACCAUUGUGCAGUUCAUGUGUUGGGAGAGGAUGAGAGCCUGGUACGGCAUGAAGGGCAUCUGA